AUGAGUCUUCUUUAGUCCCGCCCUUCUUGGUGCCUUAUAAAAUGUGAGACCAACAAUCUAGAAACCAGUGCCAUCAAAAAGAAACAUCUAGUUUCUACUGCAAUAAUAUCAGCGUGGAACAACUGUGAGAAACUCUCCAAAAAUUCUUUUCUGUAAGAGACUCCAUAUAAGGCAGACAACAGUUUGUGGUCAAAAUGUGGUUGCUGAUCACAUUAUUAAUGACGUGUUCACUUCAUGAACUUGCUGAGGCAUCUAAACACAAACAUUGGCCAUGGAUAACAAAUGUCGUUAAUUCAGGAAAACACGGUAAACAGCAUGAUGUUGAUUGCCUGGCUCAGGGAAGUAAUGGGAAUGAAUACAGAGGAACUGUCUCUGUAACAGUCAGUGGAAAGAAAUGUCUAUACUGGCAUCACAGCCCAGGAUAUGUAGCUGUUUCCCGGAGAGGUAGACCACACAAUUAUUGCAGAAAUCCAGAUAACAGAAAGGGACCAUGGUGUUUUAUUUGGGAAAACAACAAGUUAGUUCGCAGAUUCUGUGAUAUUCCACAGUGUGAAGCAAAGAGAAAUAUCCCAAAGCAGGACACUGAAAUGACUUGUGGUAAACGAAUCCAAAAACCAAGAUAUAAGAUUAUAGGUGGAUUAAGGGCUGCAAUAGAGUCUCAGCCUUGGCUGGCAUCUAUCUUCCAAGGUAACACGUUUUCCUGUGGAGGCACACUCAUCUCACCCUGCUGGGUCCUCAGCGCAGCCCACUGCUUCCCUCUUGGCAAAAGAACAAGAAAGGAGGAAUAUUCUGUCUAUUUGGGAAAGGAUGCCACCAAUAAAACUAAUCUGGAAAAAGAGCAGAAGUUUGAAAUAGCCAAAAUCGUGCUUCACCCGGAGUUUAACAGCGAGGAUUUUAACAAUGACAUAGCUCUGUUACAGAUUGUGGACCGUAAUGGACAGUGUGCACAGAAGACUGAGUCAGUGAGGAUAGCAUGUCUUCCCCCACUACACCAAAUGAUGCCCUAUGGAACUUACUGCAACAUUGCAGGCUAUGGUCAUGAGAGGAAUGAUGACGUUCCUGGUAACUUCAGAUAUUCCCGCUUCAUGAAGGAAACUAAGGUUGAGAUUCUCUCCGAUACUACUUGCCAGAAGGAGGAUUACUAUGCGGACAGGGUCACCGAAAACCAGUUCUGUGCGGCUAGUCCAAAGUGGACAGAAGAUGCUUGUCAGGGAGACUCAGGAGGUCCGCUGUUGUGUAAAGCAAAUAACCGAAUGUUUCUCUUUGGGAUCAUCAGCUGGGGAGAAGGAUGUGCCGUCAAAAAUAAACCAGGUGUCUACACAAAGGUUACCAAUUACAACACCUGGAUUGCAGAACAAACAGGCCUGCAAAGCUUCACUGAAGGCAUCAUGUACCCGCAGAAAAGAUAGUUGUGUUCAGCACUCUGAAGCUUCACAUAUACUGCUUGAUAACUCAGGGUUUGACUUGCUGGUGGCCUUAAGAGAUGGUAAUCUGGCAUUAUCACUGUGUAAAUCUCAUCUCAUUACUGUCAAUUAGUAUUAACUAAAUGAAUAGUAUGAAUAAUAUUUUUAUUAAUUAUUGUGGCCACCAGGAAUAAUGAAAUAGCAAUUUUUACCUUUGACAAAAAUGGUAUGUUCAUUGAACCAUUACAUUCAUCCAUAAUAUCUAUUGUAUUUAUAUUUAUAUCAUUUAUUAUCUAAUUUAAUUAAAUAUUCUAAUAUAUCUAAUAUAUUAAAUAUUCUGUUUGUAAAUUAAUGCCCAAGCACCAGGACUGCAUGUGGCAUCAGAGAUCAUAGGAAACAUUUACUCUUUUCAUUAUUUUUAAGUAAUAGUUGAUGUUUUAGUGCAUACAUGUUACAUAUAGUACUUUAUAUAGGCUUUAUUUACUGAAGAAUCUCAACAUAAAUCCAGUGGAGAAAUAAAUCCGUGCUUGUUUAUUUUGAAAUCUUUAUAUUGCAUCAGUAUUAUAUUUAUGAAUAAAUAUCUAUUUUUAUAA